AAUAAAUAAAUAGGAACUAAAGACGAUUGUAGAAGUGUCAAAAUCAUUUCCCAUUCCAAAAUCAAUCGUCGAGCAGAGCAUAUCGGAAGAAUUAUUGUUGUAAAAAAAAUGGCGAAGAUGAUGCUGAUGAGAUCGGUCGGCCGGUCAGUCUUCCGUAGAUCUCAAGUUUUUUCCUCCUCCGCCGCAGCCGCCACCACCGCCGUCAACCACCACAUCCGCUGCCUCCAUCUCUCUUCCCCUUCAUCACGCGCCUCUUCCCCUAAUCAACAUUUUCUGCAUCCCUUUGCAACUCGUUUUGGGGGUAUUCGAUGUUUCAGCGAAGAUAUUUCACAUAUGCCUGUUAUAAAAGACUCGGAAAUCGAGCGUUCUUUCAAGGAUUUAAUGGCUACAAACUGGGACGAGAUUCCAUCCUCAGUUAUCGAGGAUGUAACAAAGGCAUUGUCCAAGAGUACCGAAGACAACGCUGCCCAAGAAACCCUAAAAAAUGUCUUCCGAGCAGCAGAGGCAGUUGAGGAGUUCACAGGAAUUAUUAUGUCUUUGAAAAUGGAAUUGGAUGAUGUCAUUGGGGUUAGCGGCGAGAAUGUGAAACCACUAACAGAAGAAUACUCAAAGGCUAUGCAGACGAUUUUCAAUAGAUAUGCUGCGUAUUUGGCUGCAUUUGGACCGGAAGAAAGCUAUUUGAAGAAGAAAGUGGAAAUGGAGUUGGGAACGAAAAUGAUUUACUUGAAAAUGAGGUGCGGUGGCCUUGCUGCUGAGUGGGGAAAGGUUUCAGUACUCGGGACUUCUGGACUCUCUGGCUCUUAUGUUGAACAAAGGGCGUAAAAUUCGAAAGACGGGCAGAAGAGUUUAUAGUUCCGUUUCUGAUGUUCGUUAUGCUGAUAUUUGCUUAAUUCCGACAAGUUAGUAUAAUAAAAGAUAAACGGCAUAUUUCUCUCUCUUUUUUUUUUUAUAAUGCUGUGGUUUCCUUCUGAAUUUUCUGAUUGUCUCAAGUUAACAUCUCGUGGAUGUAACUAAUGAGAAAUAUUGAGAAAUGUUUUUAGUGUCGUCCGUAAACGUGCUUCAAUUGUAAUGGUUACAUAUAUUUGAUGCAGUCAUUUAAUCUUGUACCUAA